GGCGGCGCUCGCUUGGCGGGCGCGUCCGCGCGCGGGUCGGAAAUGGCGGCGCUGGGAGCCCCGCUGCGCACCCUGCGCGCGCUCCUGCGCGAGCUCCGCCACGCCGCCGGCCGCUCCUAUCGCGACAGCCCCGCCUAUCGCCACGUGGUCGCGGCCUUCCGCGCGCACCGGGUGACCAGCGAGAAGCUGUGCCGGGCCCAGCAGGAGCUGCACUUCCAGGCCGCCACCUACCUGUGCCUGCUCCGCAGCGUCCGGGAACACGAGGCCCUGCACCGCGAGUACCACGGCAAGGGCGAGCGCUCGCCCCAGGAGGUCGCCGGACUGGUGGGCUUCAGACUGCCUCAGCAGCCGGGAGGGAAGGGCUGAGACGGGACUGCUGUGUUCAAUGUUUAUUCCUCAAUAAAUAUCCUAGAGCUACUGGAA